AUGCCUUCUCAGAUCGGCUUGGGUGUACUCUCUAUCCCAGCUGCAUUUGAUACGUUGGGCCUGGUCCCUGGAGUGCUUUGUCUAGUGGCCAUAGCCAUUAUCAACAGCUGGUGCAGUUAUAUGGUCGGCAGCUUUAAGCUCAACCAUCGUGAAGUGUAUGGCAUUGACGACGCGGCUGGACUCAUGUUUGGCCCUGUCGGACGUGAGGUCCUCGGAGCCGGAUUUAUCCUUUAUCUAACUUUUGUUGCUGCUUCCGGUAUACUUGGUAUCUCGAUCGCUCUGAAUGCGAUCUCAACCCAUGGAGCUUGCACCGCUAUUUUCGUUGCUGUUGCCGCGAUUGGAGUAUUUUGCCUUGCAAUUAUCCGGACUCUGAGCCGCGUAACUAUUCUUGCGUGGGGUGGCCUGGCAUGUAUUCUCAUUGCCAUAUUUACCGUCACCAUUGGGGUCGGCGUAGAGGACCGUCCCCAUUCGGCACCGCCAGGCCCUUGGGUUUCUGACUAUAAGAUUGUCAAUAGUCCCAGCUUCACAGACGGAAUAUCGGCAAUCUGUACAUUAAUUUUUGCCUACGCCGGCGUGCCCUUUUUCUUUCCGAUCGUAGCCGAGAUGCGCGAGCCUCGCCACUACACAAAGGCAUUGGCAGCGUGUCAAAUCGUUGUCACGGUUACCUAUGUGACGAUUGGGACCGUUGUGUACUACUAUUGUGGAUCUUAUGUUGCGUCGCCUGCGCUUGGUUCCGCGGGAAAGCUAAUCAAACAGAUUGCCUAUGGUAUUUCUCUCCCGGGACUGUUCGCCAGUGCAACUAUCUGCACGCAUCUUGCAAGCAAGCACUUCUUCGUCCGAAUGCUACGAGGGUCGAAGCACCUGGUCGCAAAUACGCUUGUGCACUGGGGUACCUGGCUGGGCUGCGUCCUCGGUGUUGCUCUCGUCGCGUAUAUAAUUGCAAGUGCGAUUCCCAAUUUCGAUAGCCUCAUCUCUUUUAUUGGAGCGUUACUUGGCACGUUGCAAGGUUUCCAGCCGAGUGGUUGCAUGUGGUUAUAUGAUAAUUGGAGCCGGGGCAGAGACCAGAGGUCGUAUAGAUGGACCUUGGGCGUAUGCUGGAGCGUCUUCGUUGUCAUCUGCGGCACGUUUUUGAUGGUCGCUGGUACAUAUGGCUCCGUCGUUGGAAUCAUCGACUCUUUUAGCACUAAUGGUGGUUCGGGUGUUUGGUCUUGUGCUGACAAUUCCAACUCGGUGUAG